AUGGACCUCAAGGAGAGCCCCAGCGAAGGCAGCCUGCAACCCUCCAGCAUCCAGAUCUUUGCCAACACUUCCACUCUCCAUGGCAUCCGCCACAUCUUCGUGUAUGGGCCACUGACCAUCCGGCGUGUGCUCUGGGCUGUGGCCUUCGUGGGUUCCCUGGGCCUGCUACUGGUGGAGAGCUCCGAGAGAGUGUCCUACUACUUCUCCUACCAGCACGUGACCAAGGUGGAUGAGGUGGUGGCCCAGAGCCUGGUCUUCCCAGCUGUGACUCUCUGCAACCUCAACGGUUUUCGCUUCUCCAAGCUCACUACCAAUGACCUGUACCAUGCCGGGGAGCUGCUGGCCCUGCUGGACGUCAAUCUGCAGAUCCCAGACCCACACCUGGCUGACCCCACAGUGCUGGAGGCACUAAGGCAGAAGGCCAACUUCAACCUCUACAAACCCAAGCAGUUCAGCAUGCUGGAGUUUCUGCAUCGCGUGGGCCAUGACCUAAAGGAUAUGAUGCUCUACUGCAAGUUCAAAGGUCAGGAGUGUGGCCACCAAGACUUCACCACAGAUGGAGAAGGGGACAAGUCUCAGUGCUACAUCUUCAAGCUGUAA